AACUUUCCUCCCCUGAAUCUCUCACAAGAAGAGUGGUGUGUUUUACCUGUCAGUACAACAUCUAUGCUGAAGCUCUGGACACUGUAACCUGUUUAGGAUGACAUAAAGAGGUCGACAUUUUGGACAGAGGGAGAUGGCCUGUGUGUUUGCUACCCAUUAUGUUUUCUGUGACAUGAGAUUCAAACAUCUCUAGAUUAGGAAGCUGUGCUGGCAGCAGGCUGAGUGAGGAACAUGGCGACCCAAUCUGAUCUGAUGGAGCUCGACAUGGCAAUGGAGCCAGACCGCAAGGCUGCAGUCAGUAACUGGCAACAGCAGUCCUAUCUGGACUCAGGCAUCCAUUCUGGGGCUACUACCACUGCACCCUCCCUCAGUGGCAAAGGCAAUCCUGAGGAUGACGAUGUGGAUAACCAAGUGCUGUAUGAUUGGGAGCAGGGAUUUAAUCAGAACUUCAACCAGGACCAAGUGGCAGACAUUGAUGGGCAGUAUGCCAUGACUAGAGCCCAGAGAGUGAGGGCAGCCAUGUUCCCAGAAACGCUGGAUGAGGGAAUGCAGAUUCCCUCCACACAGUUUGAUGGGACUCACCCUACCAAUGUGCAGCGCCUGGCUGAACCCUCACAGAUGCUCAAACAUGCAGUGGUCAAUCUCAUUAACUAUCAGGAUGAUGCAGAACUGGCCACACGUGCCAUCCCAGAACUCACAAAGCUACUCAAUGAUGAGGAUCAGGUUGUGGUAAAUAAGGCAGCAGUCAUGGUCCAUCAGCUCUCCAAGAAAGAAGCUUCGCGCCAUGCUAUCAUGCGCUCCCCUCAGAUGGUGUCUGCUAUCGUGAGGACCAUGCAGAACACCAACGAUGUGGAGACAGCCAGAUGCACAGCUGGCACUCUACAUAAUCUCUCCCACCACAGAGAGGGGCUACUUGCUAUCUUUAAAUCAGGGGGCAUUCCUGCUCUCGUCAAAAUGCUUGGGUCUCCAGUGGACUCUGUGCUGUUCUAUGCCAUCACAACUCUCCACAACCUGCUGCUGCACCAGGAGGGAGCCAAGAUGGCUGUACGUCUGGCUGGUGGCUUGCAGAAGAUGGUGGCCUUGUUGAACAAAACAAAUGUCAAAUUCCUUGCCAUCACAACAGACUGCCUUCAGAUCCUGGCCUAUGGCAAUCAAGAGAGCAAACUCAUCAUCCUUGCUAGUGGAGGCCCCCAGGCUCUGGUAAACAUCAUGAGGACAUACACAUAUGAGAAAUUGCUGUGGACCACUAGCCGUGUGUUAAAGGUGCUCUCUGUAUGUUCCAGUAACAAGCCUGCCAUUGUUGAGGCUGGUGGUAUGCAGGCACUGGGUCUCCACCUCACAGAUCCCAGUCAGCGACUGGUUCAGAACUGCCUGUGGACUCUCAGGAACCUAUCAGACGCUGCAACUAAACAGACGUCCUUAGCUGAAGUAGAUGUGCUGCAGGAAGGCAUGGAGGGCUUGCUGGGAACACUGGUUCAGCUUCUUGGUUCUGAUGACAUCAAUGUAGUUACCUGUGCUGCUGGCAUCCUGUCCAACCUUACCUGCAACAAUUAUAAGAACAAGAUGAUGGUAUGCCAAGUGGGCGGCAUCGAGGCACUGGUGCGCACAGUCCUGCGUGCUGGUGACAGAGAGGACAUUACUGAGCCAGCUAUUUGUGCUCUUCGCCACCUCACCUCUAGACAUCAGGAUGCAGAGAUGGCCCAGAAUGCAGUGCGGCUGCAUUAUGGUCUGCCAGUGGUGGUCAAACUUCUCCAUCCCCCUUCACAUUGGCCUCUUAUAAAGGCUACGGUUGGUUUGAUUCGCAAUCUGGCACUUUGCCCUGCCAACCACGCACCUCUUAGGGAACAGGGUGCCAUCCCUCGAUUGGUCCAGCUGCUUGUCAGAGCCCACCAAGACACCCAAAGACGCACCUCCAUGGGAGGUACACAGCAACAGUUUGUGGAGGGAGUCCGUAUGGAAGAGAUUGUAGAGGGCUGCACAGGAGCACUGCACAUUCUUGCUAGAGACAUUCAUAACAGGAUUGUCAUCAGAGGACUCAACACUAUUCCACUCUUUGUUCAGCUGCUAUACUCUCCCAUUGAGAACAUCCAACGUGUAGCUGCAGGUGUCUUGUGUGAAUUAGCCCAGGACAAGGAGGCGGCUGAGGCUAUUGAGGCAGAGGGUGCCACUGCUCCCCUCACAGAGCUGCUUCACUCCAGAAAUGAGGGUGUUGCCACAUAUGCUGCAGCAGUGCUGUUCCGCAUGUCGGAGGAUAAACCCCAGGACUACAAGAAGAGGCUGUCUGUGGAGCUUACCAGCUCUCUGUUCAGGACUGAGCCCAUGACCUGGAACGAGACUGGAGACUUGGGUCUGGAUAUUGGUGCUCAGGGAGAACCUCUUGGCUACAGGCAGGAUGACCCCAGCUACCGCUCCUACCACUCUGCAGGGUAUGGGCAAGAUGCCAUGGGUAUGGACCCCAUGAUGGAGCAUGAUAUGGGUGGACACCACCCUGGACCAGACUACCCUGUGGAUGGCCUGCCUGACCUUGGUCACACCCAGGACUUGAUUGAUGGGCUGCCCCCAGGCGACAGUAAUCAGCUGGCUUGGUUUGAUACUGAUCUGUAAAUAAAUUACUUUUUAGCUGUAUUGUCUGAUCUGAAUGAACCUACAUUGUGAUUUGGCCUGUAGAGUUGCUGAGCGGUCUCAAGAGAGUGGGCUAGUUUCUCUGGAAGUGCCUGACACACUAAUACAAGCUGAGUUUCCUAUGGGAACACGAGCAAGUAAAACUUUUUGUUCUGGUCCUCAUUGGUCAGAGUUUUAACUGCAAAGGAGUUUCGGUUGGGUGGGUGACUCAAAGAAAGCUCAAGAAGUGGAUCAUGAGAUGGAAUUUUCAACCAUAGCCUUGCCUGUAAUUUUUAUUACAUUUUUAUUUUUUCUUUUUGUUUGUUUUCUUUCUUUUUUUUUUUAAAGAUUCUUAAGUCUAAUGGUACUUAUCUAGCUUGCUUUGAUACUCGUCUUUUAUUUUGCAGUAAUUUGUAUUCUUUUCAAAUCUGUGUUUAAAUUAUAGUGGUAAUGCUCCAUCAAUUAAGAUUUUAUCAAGUUUAUGGUGUAGAACACUAAUCAGUUGAAUUGUAUUCUGAUCAAGUGUAACAUUGUGUAGCUUUUGUAUAAAACCAAGAAUGGGAGAAAUGGUCCAAAUAUCGGCUUUCUUGCUUUAAUAUGAUCACUGUUUCCAGUGUCACAAAUGUUCCAAAGGGUCUGCAAUCAGAGGGGGCCAGUUUUUUGUAUUUUUUUUUUUCCCUUUUCUUUUUCCUUUUUUUUUUUUUGAUGGUAGCUAUAGAAGGUUUUGAAAAGAACCCCUAAUUAUUGUAGCCUGCUGUGUUUAUUGGAGACAUGGUUAUGACAUGGCUAAACAAUAAAAUAAUGGACAAACUUCA